GUGAAAUCGCUCACCAUAUUCGCCACUUACAGAUCCACAAUUUUCGGGAAAUAAGUCCAAAUGAGAGUGAAGAAAGUGAAUUUUGAGUGACAUGUUACAAUCCAGUUCUCUAAACUUCUCAAGGAGGAUUUGGACAAAGAGAGCAUAAUUGUCUUCUCUUUUGUUACCCAAGAAAUCAUUAACUAAAGCUGUAAAUGCUUCUCAAUCUGCUAUUUCUUUAUUCUGAAGAAUAUUAAAAAAAUCUCCGUCAUUAGGAAGCUCACGGAUUUGUGGACCAAUAAAUACACCCUCUUUAACCUUAGCUUCACUUAAGCGAAAAAAAUGUCCUCACCUGAUUGGUCCAUUCCUUUGACAAAAUUUUUCAUGAGUCCUAACUUUAUAUGUAGUGGAGGCAAAAUAAUUUUUUUCAGGAUCCACGAGAGGGUUGUAGAGAACAUUGUUUUGUCAAGGAGUCAGGAAUUGUCUUUGAGGCCAUUGUUUCCUGAUGUAAUGAGAUGCUCUGUCGUCCCGACUGUUCCACUUACUUACUUACUUAGUAUAUCCCUAAUUGGAAGAAUUGCCACCACUUUCAGGUCUACACAGAUUUGCCAGACAGGCGAGGAAGAUAUGAACAUAAAACUUAACUGGAAUUAUAAUACCGUUUCUACCUAUAAGCUUUAUAAAAUCGAUUUGUUUCAAUUUACCGCCUUUUGUGAUAACGAUAAUGUUGAGUUUCAAUAUUCUCCCUAUUUCAUUUUAGAAAUUAAUGGAUUGUAAAAAGUUGAUAAAUUAUCAAUUUUUUUUAAAAUUUAGCAUCUAGUUAUAAGUUGUUAAAAUUAUGUCCAAAACUAAAUCUGUUCAGAAAGACUGUUCGAAAUCUUGCUGUUCCUCACCUGGAAAAUCCUUAUUGUUCAUAGUUAAAGAAUUUGGAGAAUCUGAAUCAAAUCAGCCUGCUCAUGUUGUUCGCCUGCGACACCCUAGGACAGGAGAAGGAUCUCUGUUUUUAAUUUCUCCCGAAAAUAAAGUUGUUCAUGAAAUUCUUACUUUCCAAGAGCCCAAAAGAUCGUAUUUUAUUGGAAACGAAGUUCAGUCAGAUGGAAGGUAUUUUCUUUCCACUCCAGUAGAUCCACUCUUCUUAGCUUUACCAUAUCUGAAAGAGUAUGGUCGAUGUUCACCUCUGGACCAUAUUAUAACCGAUGAUGAGUAUCCUGAAACUGAAAGGCUUCUAACAUGUAGUGGUCUAAAAUAUAUUCAUCAUAUUGCUGACAAAAAGGGAGAAGAUAGCUUAAAUGCUUACAUAUACAAUGAGGAAAAGGCUCUAAAGUGGCUUGAAAAGAAGGUUAGAAGAGCAGCUUCAAUUCUUAAUGAAAAGGGUCACCAUGUAGCUUCUCACAGUGUUGUUUCAGCUAACUUUGUCAUUAAUAAGGAGGGCGAAUCAGAAGACAGUUAUUUACGUUAUGCAUGCGGCUUGGUAUCUGACUACUUACCAGAAUCUCUUUCAACUGCUUUAGAGAGCCAUUUAAAAUUACCUUCAACAGAAACAGAAAAGAAGAGAAAGAACCCUUUGAAUGGAACUCCUCUGAAUGGUGAAAAUCAUAGAAUUAAGAAGAAGAAAGUUGAUGAGGAUGAUGAUUCCCCUCUUAGUUCUUCACCAGCAACUCCAAUAGAGAAGAAAGCAACUCCAUCAGCUAAGGAAAAGAGAAUGGCAAAAGCUGCUACUGGUUCCAAAAAUAUAACAUCAUUUUUCAUGAAAAAGUAGUAUUUUUUUAUUUGAGAAAUUGGUUUUACUUAAUUUAAGCUAACUUUACCUAUUUUAAUGUUUUUGUACAAUAUAUAGUGUUUUAUAUUUUUA